GACUGUACCAUGUCUCUUGAUGGGCAUGACAAGCUCUGUGGAUUCCAGAAGUCAAUGUUCCCCCUCUGCAUCUAUGGUGCCCAGGACACCUACAGUGGUAGAAUGAAUUUCGUAAGGAUAUGGACAUCCAAUAACAAUCCAAGAAUCAUUGGAAGAUUCUACUUUGACUACUUGUUUGAGAGCAGAGUGUUACCCUCAAGGAUACGCGUGGACAGAGGAACGGAAACAGGUGUUAUGGCUACCAUCCAUAGUUAUCUGAGAGCACAAUGUGGUGAUGUGGAAGAUGGCACAGUCUGUGUAUUGUAUGGGCCAUCUACACAAAACAAGAUUGAGAGGUGGUGGAGAGAACUGUUAGAAAGGAUGGAAAGGUUCUUCAAGAGUCAGUUGUCCACUCUGGUGGAGGAUGGAGAUUAUGAUGCAAGUGAUGAAAAUGACAGGAAGAUGCUUGCAUACAUAUAUAUUCCUGUAAUACAGCAGGAGCUAGAUAUAUUUAGGGUGUCUGUGUGGAAUACACACAGAAUAAGAAAACAGAAGUACAAGGAACUUCCAGUAGGUGUUCCAGAGCACAUAUACACCUGCCCAGAUAAGCAUGGUGGGGCUAAAUGUGGCUUUCCAAUAACAGAGGAGCAACUGAGAGAGGUGGCUGAGCUCUCAGAUGUGCUCGAUGGUACUGAUGACUUUCUGCCCAAGACGUUUCGACAAGAGUGUCAAAUCCAUAUACCCAACAUAGAAGAUGUUGAGCCAUCUCAAGCAGCUAAUUCAUAUUUGUAUUUGAAAGCCAAUUUUGAUUUAAAUAGGUUGUAAAUAAUUUACAGAUAAAAAGGUUAUAGACCAGUCUCAGGGUCCAGAGUCGCGUGAUCAGGUUUUUGUAUACCAUGUGGGGAUUUUUUUGUAUACCACGUGAUCACUUUUUGUCCACCGCCGGGUAGAAAAAAUUAUUUUCUUUCUCUGAUUAGUGUGGGAAUGGUCUUAUCUGAUUCAGUGAUUGGUACAAAGAGUCCUUCCUUUGUCUUUUCGCAAACUGUCGGCAAAAUCCUUUGUUGGUGCAUAAAAAUUGAUCACGUGACUGUUGUUCUCUAACCGCAGGUGGCGUAAAAAUUUGUUGAGUGACACGGUUUACUGGGAAGAGUAGUACACGACUUAUCCAUAGUUUUAAUCCUAUUUUUAUAUACAGGUACCAUUAGAUUGUCAAAAUAAGUUAUAUAAGUUAUACAUGUAGCACUGCUCAAUUUGCAUGUGAGAAUUUGCAUAUAAAGACAAUGAAAAUAGCUUCUUGAUAUGUCAUACAAAAGUUGUACAGUUGUCCUUAGCAGUAAUAGUCCAAUAACAGGGAAUACAUUUUUAACUCACCUUGACAUCGUCAAGAUGAGCUAUUGCCAUGGGGUGUCGUCCAUCGUACGUCCG